GCUAUAACAUCUCAGGGCUCUGCAGAUAGCCAGAAAUCAGAAUUCCCUCUUCCUUCAAAAUACCAUUCCUGUCAGCAGAAUUUGGGUUUGUUUGCUUGCUGUGCUCCAGAGCCGGAUACACCAACUUGUGUUUCUUCUCAGGUCAACAAGGAAGUUGGAUGGCUGUAAUCAUCAUUGAGGAAGUUAGAGAUGUGAUCUCUGUAGCAAGUGCUCCUCUCAUGUUUGCAUAGUGCUCAGAAUCGACUGUGAAACCGAAAGGAACUAAAGCUGCAAGCUCUCAGCCACCCUAGAAGUGGAAAGCGAUGUUCUGCUUGUCAUUUGUAUUUGAAGUAGUGAGACAAGAGUCUGUGACAUUCCAAGAUAUUGCUGUGGAUUUUACUGAGAAAGAGUGGCCCCUGCUGGAUUCUUCCCAGAGAAAACUAUACAAAGAUGUAAUGCUGGAAAAUUAUAGCAUCCUGACUUCACUAGGGUAUCAGGUUGGCAAACCCAGCCUCAUCUCACACCUGGAGCGAGAAGAGGAGCUGAGAAUGGAGGAGAGAGGCAUGCAACUGGGUGCUUCUCCUGAUUGGGGAACUCCAUCUAAAGCCAAGUGGUCCAUAGUUAUGGACGAUAUUUUGGGGGAGGAAGCAUCUAAUGGAGUGCAAUUGGAAAAAUCUCAUCUUUUGGAAAAAUCUUCUGAAUUCACCCAUUUAUUUGAAGUCUUCAGUAUUGGCCCUCACCUUACUCAGCCAGUAGGAAGACCCACAAGCAAGAGGCCCUGUCACCGCCACAGCUGUGGAGUUGCUUUCAAGAACAGGACUCACCUGACUCAGCACCUGAGCAUGUAUGAUGGGAGAAAAAUGCAUGAAUGUCACCAGUGCCAGAAAGCCUUCACUACCAGUGCUUCUCUCACAAGGCAUAGUAGGAUUCACACUGGGGAGAAGCCUUACGAGUGCAGCAACUGUGGCAAAGCCUUCAACGACCCCUCAGCUCUAAGGAGCCAUGCUAGAACUCACCUGAAAGAGAAACCCUUUGACUGCAGUCAGUGUGGUAACGCCUUCCGGACCCUCUCUGCUCUGAAGAUCCACAUGCGAGUUCACACUGGGGAAAGACCCUACAAAUGUGAUGAGUGUGGCAAAGCCUAUGGCAGGAGCUGCCACCUCAUAGCCCAUAAACGGACACACACUGGAGAGAGGCCCUAUGAGUGCCAGGACUGUGGAAAGGCCUUCCAAAACCCCUCUCACCUUAAGGAGCACAUCCGGAACCAUACUGGGGAAAAGCCUUACGAGUGUACACAGUGUGGCAAAGCUUUCCGGUGGAAGUCCAACUUCAAUUUGCAUAAGAAGAACCACAUGGUGGAGAAAACCUAUGAGUGCAAAGAAUGUGGCAAGUCCUUCAGUGACCUCCUGUCAAGGAGGAAACACAUGAGGAUGCACACUGUGAAGAAACCGGUUGAGUGCUGCCAGUGUGGGAAAACCUUCCGAAACGAGUCUAUCCUGAAGACACACAUGAACUCUCACACUGGGGAGAAACCUUAUGGCUGCGAUCUCUGUGGGAAAGCCUUCAGUGCAAGUUCCAACCUCACUGCACACAGAAAGAUACACACUCAAGAAAGACGCUAUGAAUGCACUUCCUGUGGGAAGGUCUUCGGCGAUUACCUGUCACGAAGGAGGCACAUGAGCGUCCAUCUUGUCAAGAAGUGUGUGGAAUGUCGGCAGUGCGGAAAAGCCUUCAGGAACCAAUCCAGCCUGAAGACACACAUGAGAAGCCACACAGGAGAGAAGCCAUAUGAGUGUGACCAUUGUGGAAAAGCCUUCAGCAUAGGUUCCAACCUUAAUGUACACCGGAGGAUCCACACUGGGGAAAAGCCCUAUGAAUGUCUUGUGUGUGGAAAAGCCUUCAGUGACCAUUCGUCCCUUAGGAGUCACGUGAAAACCCACCGGGGAGAGAAACGUUUGGGCCCAUCCAUGUGGAAAAGGCUUCAGUGAGUACUCAGAUGCAAAGGAAACCUGGCAGAUUUAAGAAGUCACAAAUCUUUCAUGAACUCUCCACAUAUGGAACACAAAAGAUCACAUGGAACUUGGGGGAAAUGCAGUUUGUGCAAAGAUUUAGAAGACUUGAGUUGGUAUUCACCCCAUGGGGGUCUCUGUAAAAAAACAGAAUGAAAAAAGUUUUGUGUUGAGUAUCAAGAAAUGUUGAGCAUACUUCAUGCUCUUAAACACACAAGAACUUAGGGAGAGAGUCUUCAGCUUGGGCAUUUAAUAAUAAAAUUAACAAGAGUUUGCGGACACUCCAGACUAAAUCUUUAUCAGUUCAGUGAUUAGGGAAAUAUUUUCUCGUAUGAGAAAUCAGAGUAAAGAGAAAAAUCUCAGAGGUGAGAAACAGGGAAAAGUCAAUAAAAAGAGGCAAGCAAACUGGCCAGUUAUUUAUUGUUGUUAUCUCACAAGCAAGAUGCUUUUGACCUACAACUGUCUGUAAAGAUCUUUUUCAGGCAGCGUUGGUUCUCAACCUGGGGCAGUUUUACUCUCCAGGGCAUUUGUCAGUGUCUGAAAUGAUUUUAGGUUUUGAGAAUGGGGAGAGAGGUACUGCAGGUAUAUAGGAAAGUGACAUUAGAGAAGCUACCAAGUAACCUACAAUACACAGUGUCAGAGAAUUAUGUGUACUAUAUAAUCAUGCUGACUUUGAGAAUAAUAUUAUUCAUUCCUUUAUUAUUAUGGUCUCUAUGAACACUCACAUUAGGAGAAAUUUUUUGCAGCUUUUUAACAGAAAAAAGAAUGCAAUUCUGUUUUUCCUGAAAAUGUGUGAAACCAUACACAGCUGAUAAGCCUAUGUGAAAAUGCUUUUAGCCACAGUCUCCUUGUGUAUGAAUGUAGGAUUUUAUUUACAAGUCUUUCUCAAUGACAACAGAAUCAAGCUCUUUAGUUUCCUUGUCCUUUUUAAUUUUUAGGGUCAUGGUCCUCUGAAUAAGUCUUAGGCCCCACUACAAACGAUAUGUACAUAGUAUUUUUUACAAUAGCUUUGUUCCUAUCUUAAUUUCCCUUUGGGAAACUUAACCUGACCAUUGAUGCAUUUAGAAUUGUGUGAUGCUAUGCACUGGAUAAUGUGGGGUUUUUUGGUAACUAUGUCAAAUGCAUUAUGGUCAAAGCAUGAAGCUUCCUAAUGUAGAUCUUUUGGUUGCUUGUGGCUAUCUGUCCAAAAGAAUAACAAAGAUCUCUAGUUGCUUCCCCAGUAUCCAUUUUAUACUCCUAUAGCAGAAGAAUCAUGUUUUUAUUUGAUUAGUAAAUGGUGCUACUUUAGGAAGUCUUUUGCAGUUUUUCAUGCAACUAGUAUUCUCUACAUUCUAUGACCCUGGACAUUGAUUAAUAAACAGGGGUUUUUGUGUGGCUUUCUGACAAAAAGCUUUUGGAAAAAAAGUCUGAAUUUUUUUUAAUUGAUUGUGUGACCCUGAAGAUGAAGACCACAGUCAGAAGAGGACACUCUAGAGAAGUCACAGUAAUCCCAUCUAUACUGUGACUAUUGCAAGUUUACAUUGGUGCUUGAUUCAUUACAUCUAGACUUUAUAUCACCUGAGAAAACAAUAAAGUUGAUUACAAAUUUACAAUGGGAUUGGAUAUUUGUUUACUGGUUGGAAGUGAAUUUCCUACCCUGUUGGAUGCUGUCCAGAAACCAUACCCCUUUCUCUGGAAAGUUGAUCACUGAUACCUUUAAUUAAGGUUUUAGUGAGUAUUCUUGGAAUUAUUAGAUAUAGAUUUUUAAAUACUUUAAGUCAACUAUUCAUGUGACAUUUCAACAUUGUUGUGCUAUUCUUUUUAUAGUUGUAUAUAGACGAACUUCAGGUUACAGUCAGAAGUUAAGUCAUUCCAUUACUGGACCCAGAUUCUCUCAACAGUGGGGUGAAGUCCUAGUAUUUCCAUUAUAAAUUUAAUCUAACUGGACCUCGUAGGUAUCAAUUUUCAUAAAACGCCCAGGAAGUAAGUAUUGUCAGCAUUUCUAUUUCACAUGUAUGGCAUCUGACAUGAGAGUUUAGUUUGUCUAAAACCUGCUUAUUGACAAGGACUUCUUAGGAUUUAAAUCCCAGUGCCUCUUUUAGAACAGCAUUAUUCUUUAAUACCUAAGACUGAAAGCAGUGACUCAAAUUUCUUACUGUGGUGAGGCUUUCCUUCUAGUUGGUGUCAGAGCAUCUGAUGCAUUUGUUGUUGUAUAUCAGGUAACAACAGCUAAAAGGAAAAUGUUAAGUAUGGUGCUUUGAGAAAAUAUGGAGCUUAAGUAGCACUUGAGAUUAUUAGACAAUCUUUUUAUGUAUUUUAUUUUAUUUAAAUAACAUUUUCUUCAUUUAUUUUACAUACCUACCGCAGUUUCCUCUCCUCCUUGUCCCCUUCUACUCCUCCUCCAUCUCCAUUCAGAAAGGGGCAGGUCUCCCAAUGGCUUGAACAAAGCAUGGCACAUCCAGUUGAGACAGGACAGAGAUCCUCCCCUUGCAUCAAGACUGGGGAAGGUAAUCCAGCAUGGGAAACAGGUUCCCAAAAGGAAAUGCUUGAACAGAGAUGUAACUAUGUACCUUGCAAUCUGAAGAACAGAUUCCUUGGCAUUUCAAAAUUAUUGAGUACUACUCUUGAUACAGUUGCUCAGCAGACAAGGCCUGGUAUGAAUAGAACAAAUUCCCCAGUUCUGCCAAGUCAUUUCCAUAGUGAUAUUGUAAAAGACACUAUGUAUAUUUUAAAACAAGUUUUAUAAAUCACACAGAAAGCAUUCAGUUCCAAAGAGUGCAGCUGAGUUAAUCAUUAUACAUGAACAACCCAUGUAAUCACCAGGUCAAGAAAUAAUUACCAGAAUCUUUCUUUUUUACCACCUCCAAUAAGAAGUGCCUAGUUUUCCUUAGUUUUCUUUAAUGUUUGUAUCAUAAAUGAUGUUUCAUCUCCCAUUGCUUAUAUGUGCUUUGUGCAUAUGAGAAUUAAAUCUAUGUCUUAAUUGUGUAA